UUUUACCUUCAAAUGCAAAAUGCAUUCCACCUAUUCCACUAUACAACUCUAAAACUUUCAUUGUAAAUAAAUAAAAUAAAAAUAAAUUAAUUUAUUCUUCCGUGACAAAAAAACCCACAUUGACGUAAUGUUGAUGUACGAAGUACGACGUAAAAAUAUGAAGUUUUGACAUUUGUAUAGUAUGAAAGAAAUAUUAAUUCCAACACACUUAAAUGACUUUUAUAACGUAAUUAGUGCUGUAAUUUACCAAUUUAAAUAAUUAAUAAAUAAAUAAAGUGAUUCAUUUAAAACUGAAAUUAAAACUAAAAAAUGUUUUAAAAUUUUUAUUGUUUAACCUAAAUGUCAAAGUUUUUGAGUUAGAAAAAUGUUUCGAAGUCGUAGUUGGUUUGGCGGGGGGUGGGGUCGCCCCAAAAAUUUACAUUCUUUGGAACAUUUAAAGUAUUUGUAUAAUGUGAUGGCCCGAAAUCAAACGGUUUCAGAACAUAAUCGAGGUCUACUUGUGGAAUCAUUACGAAGCAUCGCAGAAAUUCUUAUUUGGGGCGAUCAAAAUGAUUCUUCCGUUUUUGAUUUCUUUUUGGAGAAAAAUAUGUUAUCAUUUUUUUUACGAAUUAUGGGACAACGGAGCGGCGGUUCCAGCUAUGUUUGUGUUCAGUUAUUGCAAACACUUAAUAUUUUAUUUGAAAAUAUACGAAACGAAACUUCAUUAUAUUACUUAUUAUCCAAUAACCAUGUUAAUUCAAUAAUUGUACAUAAGUUUGAUUUUUCCGAUGAAGAGGUGAUGGCGUAUUACAUAUCAUUUUUAAAAACACUCAGUUUAAAACUCAACGCGCAUACUAUUCAUUUUUUUUAUAAUGAGCAUACUAAUGAUUUUCCACUUUAUACAGAAGCAAUAAAAUUUUUUAAUCAUUCUGAAUCAAUGGUACGGAUUGCCGUACGUACUCUUACGCUUAAUGUUUAUCGUGUAGAAGAUACUUCGAUGCUUAAAUUUAUACGAGAUCGUACAGCCGCACCCUACUUUAGUAAUCUGGUUUGGUUUAUUGGAAAACAUGUACUAGAAUUGGAUAAUUGCAUUCGAUAUGAUGCUGACCAUCAAUCACAAAAUCGAUUAUCCGACCUGGUCGCAGAACACCUGGAUCAUCUCCAUUACCUAAAUGAUAUUCUAUGCUUAAAUAUAACAGAUCUAAAUCAAGUAUUAACCGAACAUUUAUUACAUAAAUUGCUUAUUCCACUCUACAUAUACUCAUUAAUAAGUAUAAAUACAGUUAGUUACAUAACAAGUACAGCAUUUAAUGAUUUAUCAUUGGCAAAUAUCGAAGACAUGGCAGCAUUAUCAAGAAUGUCACCACAACGGGUGUUUUCAUUAGAUGCCACAAAUUACGAUCCAUCACAUAACAAUACAAACUUAAACCCACGUGUUUCAUCAAUUGUUUCGUUAUUUUUAUUAUCACAAGUAUUUUUAAUAAUAACGCACGCGCCCUUAGUACAUUCAUUAGCAUGGAUAAUAUUAAAUGCGGAUGCAAGUGUUUUUAAAUAUGGUGCUUCAAAAAUAUUAGAAUCAUAUGAAAAUCAAAAGAUGGUAGACAUUCCACAACAAAAUAGUGAAAAUGACGAGACUAUUGAAACCGAAUCAAAGAUUGAUGUUGUCGAAGAUAAUGGUGAUGAUAAAAUAGAAAAUUCAUUAGUGCUAGAUGAUGAAAAUAGUACAAAAAUAAUUAGUCAAAAUAUCACUGAUGAAGAGAAAGAGAUGUUAGCAUCGAGUCCAGAACUUGCGCAAGCAACAACAUCUGAUAGUAUUGUUACAGCUGUACCUGUUGUGCCAACCAGUAGUGAUAAGGAUCAUUUUGAAAAUAAGCAGAAACCAUUUUUGGAGACUGUGUUAAAUGCCUUAGAUGUUACUGAAAAUGAUUAUUCCGCCUUGUUUGCAUUAUGCUUACUUUAUGCUUUAGCUAAUAAUCGAGAAGGUAUAAGUCCAGAAUUACUUGCACCAUUGUUUGGAUCUCGUGGAGGAACAGCUUUAGCCGAUCGCUUAUUAAAAAUAAUUAGUGCAGCAUGUUUACCAACGAGUAAAGUGCGCUUGGUAACAUUAGCCUUAUCAUUACGCAUAUUACAACGAGUUUCAUCGUCAAUGAAACCAGCUCAAAAACAAAUUUUGACGGCAGCAAGAGAACAGAGUACUGCAUUAUUGAAAAAUUUUUACAAGAGCGAAGAAAUAUUUUUAGAUAUGUUUGAGCACGAAUAUUUUGAUAUGUCAAAAGGUCCAUUAAAUGUAGAAUGGUUAUGCAUGGAUGCAGCUAUUUUAUUACCUCCAACAGGAACUCCAAUGACGGGAAUUGAAUUUACAAAGCGACUACCUUGUGGCGAAGUUGAAAGAGCUCGGCGUGCAAUUCGUGUAUUUUUUUUGGUUCGUGAUUUGUCCAUGAAAUUAAAUGAUGAACCAGAAACUCAUCUUCCUCUUACAAAUCCACAAGAUUGUGUGCAAGUUAAUCAAAAAUUAGAUUUAAAUAAUAGUGAUUUAAUUGGAUGUACAGUUGUUUUAAAAGAUGGUACAAAAUUAAGAAGGUUUUUGGUAAUAGAUACAUUUCAAUUGAUAUUAGUGGAACCAGAUAGUAAAAAAUUGGGUUGGGGUGUUGCGAAGCUAGUUGGAUUUUUGCAAGAUAUCGAAGUUCUAGGUGAUAAAGAUGAUUCAAGAUGUUUGCAUAUAACAAUACAAAGGCCACUACCAAGUACUACGUCCAAUCGGGUACCUUUACUAUCAGCAAAAUUUUUAUUCGAUGAUCAUAUUAGAUGUAUGGCAGCUAAACAACGACUGACUAAAGGUCGAAUCAAAGCACGUCAGAAAAAAAUGCAACAAAUAGCGAAAUUACUAGAUAUUCCAACUGCAGGCGCUCCAAUUAUUUCGUCUGGAUUACUAAGUGGUGUACAAGGAUCAUCCAGCUAUUCACCAGGUUUGAAUUCGUUAAAAGGAAUGAAUCGGACUGGUGCACGUCCAGAAAAUAGAGCUUUAGUUCGUCCUGGCUAUGCAACACCACGACGUGAAAGUUUACCUGGUACUGCUUACAGAAUGACACGCAAUGAAGAGGUUAACAAAAAUGGAAAUUUGACGCCAACUUCUAAAUUAAAUAAACCUGGUCAUUCACGAUCCCGAGAAAAUUCAACUCCACGCACAAGGUCUCGCGAAGGAAGUCCACGAAUGCCAAGACCAAAAUCAGAGGAAAUACCUCUAGAAUUAAUCAAACGAUCUUCUAAUGUAACUGUUCAAGAUAUACCAAUAUUACCAAGAUCACACACACCACGAUAUAAUUUAGAGACUUUAGGCGAAACAGUCAGUAGUGUGAAUUCUGAAGUGUCUGAAGUGCAAAAUUCAAGUAUUGCAGAAGUUUCUGAAGAAACUUCAUUUAUUGCUCAACAACAAUCAAAUACAUCAACAUCACGACCCGGUUCAAGUGCUGGUAGAAGAAAAGGUGCAAUUGAAACCGUGUAAACUAUUCGAAUUUAAGUUUCAAGAUUAUAUUUAUAUAACAUAAUUU